AUGGCCCAAAGGCGGACACAUCAGGGGAACGGCGGAGGCAGCGGGAAAGAUCUCGCUUCCUCCGCCACGGUGGCACCCGAUGCCGAUCCUUCUGCGCGGUCCGAUGGUGACGGUCGGGACACGGCCGAGGAGCAACAGUUGAAAGCGUUGGGCGACGGAAAGUCGCGCCAAUCCGCUGGUGACGUGAGCGUCGGCCAGAAUAGUGGCACAACCAAAGCGACCGUCCACAUCAAUGGAGUCGCUGUCGAUCACUUCCACCAAAACUCGGACGUGGACGAGGAGCGUCGGUCACUGUGCCAGAACAGUGACAUUCACGGUUUCAUCUCCUACUCUUCCGACAGCAGCAUGAUCGAACUGAACCUCAAGUUUCGCAAGUGCGCCUGUAACGAAAACAUCAUCAACAUCUCCAAAGAAAACCUCCAACAGAUGCAACGAAGCUGCUCGCCACCGCCAACGGAGGGCGAGGAUCGCCCGGGCGACUUGCCCAGCAGCCAGCCGCAGCUCGUAACCAGUGCCGCCGUUCCGGAGCGAAGUGUGUUCAGGAGAGAAGGUAAAAGCAAGAAACUGUUAGCAUUAAACAAAGACAACCUGAACAGCUUGGUGCGCAAGCUGAACGACACCGCGAAUAGCUCAUCCUCAUCGUGUACAAAGUGUAGACUAUCAUUAGACGUCAAUCAUAUUUUAACUCAGAUCGUAAGCAUUAAGACUACCGGUGGUGGCUCGUCACCGGGCGUGGCUGACGACAAGCGCGACGAUCAGGCUUCGCCUCGCGAUGAAUCGAUCGCACGGCGCGCCCCCAACCCCUUGACGAUCGAUGCUUCCGGUAUUGGGCUACGGGCGGACGACUCGUUGAUCGGUAGCUCAGCCUCGCCGUUACCCUCACCGAACUCGCCUAUCCCUUUGCUCGGACUUCCACCGCUCGAGCGGCGUCACAGCGAAACGGUGGAGCGACGCUCGAUCGGUGUGCAGCAUGCGGCAGGGAUGCGCCCACCGCGCAAAAGGGCUCCAAUGCUGCGUACGCACGGUCGCAGCAUGGCGCAGGCCGAGGAAAUCAUUAUCAUAUCGGAUGAGUUUCGCCGACAGUCCUUGCGUGACCAACAAUCCGUCCGUGUGCAGAAAAGCGUGAAAAAGAUCUCCAAAUCGAUGGAGUGUAUCGAUAAGCGCAAUCCACCGACACUGUCCCUGCGGCCGGUAGCGAUACGAAGCUUCCAGCUGCCCAACUCCACGCUCGACGGUGUCGACGGAGCGGACGAGAUGCUAACCAUCGUCGUCGACACCGUCGGCAGUGCGGCAAGCAGUGUGAAAUCAAUUUCGAAAUCCGUCGACAACGUGUCAGUUGGCUCCGGGAACAAUGUGGAACCGUUUGCUCAACCGAAAACUCCUGACCUGACCGCCGCCAGUGACAGUGUCGAGUUGAUCUUCAUUUCGGACGAAUUCGUUAAGCGCAAAUCGAAAUCCAGCUCGGAUGUGAUCAUCGUGGAAAGUGCUGGUGACCGUAAGCGCGAGAGUGCCAAGCGACGGAGACCGGUCAAGCAUCUGUCCGUGAGCGGGGUGGAGGGUACCGGCGACAGGCAGCGAAAGGUGAUUGGGGCCACCCAUCGUACCCAAAGUACCGAGGGUCGGAUCGUCAAGUCAGCCACCAUCCCGGUGGCCGCGUCUCCCGCUGCCAAAGCGAAAGAUACCCGCCGCAAAACGACCGUGUCGAACUCGAACAGUUUUCUCACCUACGAAGAGCCGUUUUCACCGGACACGCUCGAAAGCAAAGACAUUGGGCAGAUGUUUGCUGAGGCCGCGGCAGAAUAA